AUGUCGCAGAACACCGACUCCUUCCUUACCAGAACCGUCCACGACCUUCUCUCUUUGAAAGGCCGGACGAUAGUUGUCACCGGCGGCGGUCGCGGUCUUGGAUUGGCCUUUGCGUUCGCAAUCGCGGAGGCUGGAGGCAAUGUUGCUGUUAUCGACUACAUUGACACGCCGCACGACCACUACUACAAGUUGGAAAAGGACUACGGCGUCAAAGUGAAGCUUUACAAGAGCGAUGUUACAAACUUUGAACUUCUCAAAGGUACAUUCGACGAGAUUGUGAAGGAUUUCGGCGGAAUCCAUGGCCUAGUCACCGCAGCUGGAAUAUGCGUCGACCAGCCCUUCCUCGAACGCCCCCCUGAAUCGGUCGCUCGCUCUUUCAACGUGAAUGUCCUCGGGACAUACUACGCAGCUCAGCUUGCAGCCGCGCAAAUGGAUAAGCAGGACCCAUCGCCUGAAUCUAGAUGCAAGGGCUCGAUUGUAUUCAUCGCAUCAAUUGCAGCCUAUGUUGCUAGUAAGGGUCAAGCGACCAGCGAUUACUGCUCAAGCAAGGGCGCUGUUGUGGCACUCGCGAAAUCCCUGGGCGUCGAACUGGCGGCUAAGAAUAUCCGUGUGAACAGUGUCUCUCCUGGAUAUAUGGCCACGGAUAUGACUCUGAGUCAGUGCCAUCGCUUCCCCUGGUUAGGGGACAUCAUGAACAACGAGCCUCCCAUGCGUAGAAUGGGUGACCGGACAGACCUCAAGGUUCCUAUCGUGUAUCUUCUUUCGGAUGCGAGUGCUUACCAUACGUCGGAUGAUCUCUUGAUCACUGGUGGGAUUCACGCUGGGCGAUUGAUGUAG